UUGAAAGCAUCAAAUUUGAGCACACCAGCCUUAAUCAACGUACCGCCGUUAAAAACACUAUACGAGUCAUAGAAAAUGAAACUUACACAUUGGUAUGUGAAGCAAUCAGCAAACCGGAGCCAUCCUAUAAAUGGGCAGGGUUGAAAAAUUCAAAUAUGUCAACCGUCGUCAUAGUUAACCCACAAACACGACAGAACUAUUCAGAAACAUGUUUUGCAACAAACGUCAUGCACAUUUCUGAUACCGAACCAGAGACAGUAACCGUUAGCAGACGUUUGGGUGUGGAGAUUCUUUAUCCACCUAAAGUUAAUGCAAUGCUUGAAAAACGAGUUAAAGAAGGGACGGCUGUACAGUUAACAUGUCCAAUAACUCCUGGAAAUCCAGCUGCAACGAGUUUUAAGUGGACACGGGCAUCGGAUAAUAAACGAUGGUUUAACGGAUCGUUUACGAUUCAUAAAGUUUCUCGAAACGAUACAAUGACUUAUACAUGCAUGGCAAAUAACACAAUGGUUAUGACAGGAAACAUAAACAGAAUUGGGUCAUCAAGCAAGAGCACACUCCUAAAAGUAUUGUACCCGCCGAGUAUUGACAGCAUCAAAUUUGAGCAUUCCGAACUUACCAAUCGCAUCUCAGUUGCCACAACUAUUUACGUCAUAGAAAAUGAAACUUAUACAUUAAUAUGUGAAGCAAGCAGCAACCCAGAACCAUCAUAUAAAUGGACGGGAAUGAAAAGUUCAACCAUUUCAACUAUCAUGAUAAUAAACCCAUACACACGGCGGAACUACACGGAAACAUGUCAUGCAACAAACGCAAUGAAUUUCACUAAUCACAUACAAGAAACAGUGAACGUCAACAGAAGUGUGACCGUGGAAAUUCUGUAUCCGCCGACGAUACAUUCAAUGGUUGAUAAACGAGUGAUAGAGGGGUCAGGAAUUGAAAUGAAAUGUCCCAUUACACAUGGUAAUCCAAUUCUUACCAGUUUUUCAUGGACGAGAGAAUUAGAUAACAGGCGCUGGUUUAAAAACUUAUUAACGAUUUAUAAAGUUUCCCGGAACGAUAGUAUGAUAUAUACAUGUAUUGCAAAUAACACAAUGGUUAUGACUGGAAACAUAAAACGAAUAGGAACAGCAAGCAAGGACAUUCAUAUGACAGUAUUGUAUCCUCCAGACAAGCCGACAAUAUGUCUUGUCUCCAUAUCAAAAUCAGAUGAUGUAAAUUUAACAGUCACGGACAAGUUAAUUGUUUUUGAACAUACUCCUUUUACUUUGUCAUGUAAAGCCAAUAGCUUACCUAUGCCAAAUUAUUCAUGGGAUCCAAUGGCGAUGUCAAAUGAUUCAGUUAUACAAAUUCCUGGCUUAACAAGGAACGGCACAGAUGAAAUCACGUGUUUUGUCAGAAAUAUAAUGAUUUCAACUGAAGGGAAUUCAAUGACAGGAAACAACAAUAGAACAAUCUCGAUAGAAAAACUAUUUUCUCCAGAAAUUGGACAUAUGAAUAGUAUAACCUCGGAGGAAGGAACAAAUGUCGACUUUGUAUGUCCUGUUAAAGACGGAAAUCCUCACCAGACACAUAUUAAGUGGACAAGAAACAGAGAUGGGAAACAAUGGCUCGGAUCAAAAUUUACGUUAGAAAACGUUUCAAGAACAGACAGUAUGACAUAUACAUGUAUGGUCAACAACACCAUGAUAAUGACAGGCGGUUUAACAAAAUAUGGGGAAAAUAAUAAAAGUAUCAAUCUAAACGUAUUGUAUAAAGUUGUUGUAAUGAAAUUUCUAGCAAAUGAUUAUACAACGAAUGACAGCGUGACAUUAGCAGAGGAUCAAUUGAUCAAUCUUAAAUGUGAAAUCGAGGGUAAUCCAGCACCUGAAGGAAGCAUCUUCAGUUCAGAACAACUUCAUGUAACAAAGUCUUUUAAUGGGAGUUAUUCAAUAUUUUCUGUAACAUUUAAAGCAACAUGUUUUCAUACAGGAGUAUACACAUGUAGAGGUUCCAAUUUUAUCAAACAAGAAGAAAUUUCUGAAAGAGAUAUAACAUUAUUCAUAACAUGUUCACCAAGACAAAAUCCUACAAUGCCAUUACAAAGAAACAUUAAAAUAUCAAAAUAUGAAACCAUGAGUAUAAACUUCACAGUGCUAGCAUAUCCUGAACCAACCAAUAUUUUAUUGAACAAACAUAACGGGAAAUCAUGGAUACCUAUGAAUGACAGCGACAACUAUAGUAUUACCUAUGAAGGUGUUGACAUUCAAUUCACAAUUCUUCAUGUUUCGCAAGAGGACUAUGGAAAAUACAAGCUUAUUAUCAAGAAUGAUUAUGGAACGUAUGAACACAUUUUCUACAUAGAGCAUGCAGCAAUGGAGUACUCUACUUCUGAACCUCAAAACCCAGCAAAUAAUUAUGGACUCACCGUUGGACUCCCUGUGAUAGUACUCAUUACCAUCUCCGUUACAGUUGUUAGCAUAAUUUUAUACAGAAAACGCACGUGUCUAGUCUUAAGAGAAAUAUUUCAUAAACAGCAAAAUGAAAGAGAAAUGGCUACAACAAACCUGUAUCAAAAUACUACAGGUGGCGAGAGAGAAAAUGAUGAGCAUAAAAGAGAGUACGAAAUGAUUCAAAGGAAUACACAGGAAAGGGACAUACCUAUUUAUGAAAAAUAUAAAUCUGAAAUCGAAAAAGUCGAUGACUCUGAACAAGCUUACGAGAAACUAGCGGACGAAUUCAAAGUUACAAAUAAGUACAGUGUGCUUCAUGCAAUUGACAAGAGAACAGAUGGUAUUGAACUUGAUGAGGAUGUUUCAAACUGCGAAAAGAAAGACACCGCCAUAUAUAUCAAUAUGAAAAUAUAA